GCUAUGAGGUAUAGGGUUUAGAAGGAAGAAAUGCGGGAGGAGGCGGCGGCGCUGGUCCUUGCGCUCGCCGACGCGGAGGCGGUGAAAUUCGGCGAGUUCAAGCUCAAGAGUGGCAUCAUCUCGCCAAUCUACAUCGAUCUCCGGGUGAUCGUCUCCUACCCUGAUUUGCUCCGCCAGGUCUCCGCCGCGCUCUGGUCCGCCGCCGCCGCCCCCGCCGCCCCGUUCGACCUCAUCUGCGGCGUCCCCUACACCGCGCUGCCCAUCGCGACGUGCAUCUCCCUCGCGCACAAUGUGCCAAUGGUGAUGCGCCGCAAGGAGGUCAAGGACUAUGGCACCCGCAAGGCGAUCGAGGGCUUCUUCUCCAGCGGCCAGUCGUGCCUGGUGAUCGAGGAUCUAGUGACGAGCGGCGCAUCGGUGCUCGAGACCGUGGAGCCUCUCACCGCCGCCGGGCUUAAGGUCUCGGACGUGGUGGUGUUGAUCGAUAGAGAGCAGGGUGGCGGCGACAACCUUCGCAAGCACGGAUUGAGGCUCCACUCCGCCAUCACUCUGAGCUACGCGGUGGAUGUUCUGGUGAAGCAUGGGAGAGUGAGCGAGGAGGUGGCGGCGUCCGUGAAGAGCUUUGUUCGAUCUAACAGGGCGGAGCUUCCUUCAACCCCUCCUGGAGCUUCUUCUCUUGUCGCCGCCAAGAAGCCAAAGAGGUUGGCGUAUGGAGAAAGGGCCGUGCUCGCGCAGAAUGCUGCUGGGAAGAAACUCUUGGAGCUCAUGGAGCGGAAGAAGACUAACUUGAGUGUUGCGGCGGACGUCGCGACGUCCGAGGAGCUUCUCAAGCUUGCCGACGCUGUCGGGCCCGAGAUAUGCGUGCUCAAGACGCACGUUGAUGUGCUCUCGGAUUUUAGCGAGGAGCUCACAGUCAAGCUUCGUGCGAUUGCGGAGAAGCACGAUUUUAUGAUCUUUGAAGACCGGAAGUUUGCUGAUAUCGGCAACACGGUUUGUAUGCAGUACGAGGGGGGUCCGUUUAAGAUUGUGGACUGGUCGGAUAUCACAAACGCGCACGUAGUGCCUGGCCCUGGAAUCAUUGACGGCCUCAAGCUCAAGGGACUGGCGAAGGGGCGGGGUUUGCUGCUACUGGCCGAGAUGAGCUCCAAAGGAACUCUAGCACAGGGCGAGUACACAGCAGCAGCAGAAAAAAUGGCUGCGGACAAUCCAGACUUCGUCAUGGGAUUCAUCUCCAUAAAUCCUGCUGCGUGGGCUCAAGCUGCGGAUCCCGGAUUCAUCCACAUGACUCCCGGAGUGCAGAUGAGCGCCGGGGGCGAUGAUCUUGGCCAGCAGUACAACACUCCUGAAAAUGUGAUUGCUGACCGACAGAGUGAUAUAAUCAUCGUUGGAAGAGGAAUUAUCAAGGCCAAAAAUCCUGCCUUGGCCUCUCGCGACUAUAGAAACGCUGGGUGGCAAGCGUACCUGAAAAGCAUCGCCGCUGCGUAGAAGAAAAAAGAAUAGCAGGCGAAACUUUGGUUGUAGUUGAUUUGUCCUAUGCUGCUCAAUGCAAAGAAUUUGAUCCAAGCAUA